GUGAUGUGCCCUGGCGUUACUCGGAUACAGUGACGUCUAUCUGCUCAAGUGCUUGACAGUGGCAGUCACCCAGCCCUGAUCCAGAAAUCGGAGAUGACUUGCCUCUGAAGCCCGGGAGCGCCGCGGGCUCCGGACGGAGAGUUGGCCGCAUCUCCUUCCGCGCGGCCGCUUCGGCUCACCUGGGCGCCAGCUCCCAGUCCCGCUCCUCGUCCCCCCAACUCCUCCCAGACCAGCCGGUCCCUGGGGGAGCCGCGGCCGCCCCCGCGCCCGGGGGUCGUUCCCUCGCCUUCUCGGGGCGGGCAGCCUGAGGUGAGAGCCCGGCCGGCCCCGCUGGGAAUAUGGCGACCGGUGGCUACCGGACCGGCGGCGGCAGCGGCGGCAGCACCACAGACUUCCUGGAGGAGUGGAAGGCGAAGCGCGAGAAGAUGCGCGCCAAGCAGAAUCCCCCGGGCCCGGCCGCCCCCGGUGGGGGCACGGGCGACGCGGCCGGGAAGCUCCCGCCGGGGCCCCUGGGCACCUCGGCCGCCGCUGCGGCCAACGAGCUCAACAACAACCUCCCGGGCGGCGCCGCCGCACCUGCCGCCCCCAGCCCCGGGGGCGUGAACUGCGCCGUGGGCCCCGCGCAGCUGAGCCGCGCCGCCCCCGGCCAGCGGCGGCCGGAGGAUGAGUCCCCCGCCGCCGCCGCCGCGGCCGCUUCGGGGGCAGCGCCCGCACGGGACGGCGAGGAGGAGCGGGACGGCGCCCCGGAGAAGGGCAAGAGCUCGGGCCCCAGCGCCAGGAAAGGCAAGGGGCAGAUCGAGAAGAGGAAGCUGCGGGAGAAGCGGCGCUCCACCGGCGUGGUCAACAUCCCUGCCGCAGAGUGCUUAGAUGAAUAUGAAGAUGAUGAAGCUGGGCAGAAAGAGCGGAAACGAGAAGAUGCAAUUACACAACAGAACACGAUGCAAAAUGAGGCUGUAAGCUUAUUAGAUUCAGGAAGUUCCUAUCUGUUACAAGAGCCAUCUAGAACAGUUUCAGGCAGAUACAAAAGCACAACCACUGCCUCUGAAGAAGAUGUCUCAAGUAGAUUUCCCCGAACAGAUAGAAGUGGGUUCGGCAGGUAUAACAGGGAUGCAAAUGCUUCUGGUAAUUUGGUCUCAAGUAGCACAUUGGAAAAGAAAAUUGAAGAUCUUGAAAAGGAAGUGGUAAGAGAAAGGCAAGAAAACUUAAGACUUGUGAGACUAAUGCAAGAUAAAGAGGAAAUGAUUGGAAAACUCAAAGAAGAAAUUGAUUUGUUAAAUCGAGACCUAGAUGACAUAGAAGAUGAAAAUGAACAACUAAAGCAGGAGAAUAAAACUCUUUUGAAAGUUGUUGGGCAGCUAACAAGGUAGAAGAUUCAAAGCUCAGUGUGGAAAAAUAUUUUAAAACUACUGAUUGAAUGUUAUGGUUAGCGCUAGGACAGUAUUCCUAUGCUGUAAUACAUUAAACUAACUAAGUAUGUAUAUUUAUUUCUAGAAAACAGUGGAUGUUUAUUUUCAAAAUUUUUCAUUAUCAGUUUCAAAAAGUAUCAACCUUUUAUUUCACGAAUAAGUAACAUCUUUUAGUUAUUAAACUGGUAGGUUAUGCCUCUUUUGGUUUUGUGUGGUAUUCAAAUAAUAUAUGGUUUAAAGUCACAGCCAUCUGAAUAUAUUUCAUCUAUGGUAGUGCAUUUUCUCCCUAAAAGAAUAUACAUAGUCUUUGUUUACAUGAAUUCAAAUACUUUUUAGGGAGUUACCUGCAAAUGCCUUAUUACUGAUGUGCGCAACCUUUUUUAUGUUGAUGAUUUACUCAUAAAGGUCUUUGUCUACUGUCAUUUGUUCUCUGAACUUAUUCUAAGCAAUUUAGAGGAACAUAGAGUCACACUCUUUUGUAUAACAGUCAUCUUUAAAAAGGAAAGCUAUUAUAAAAAGUCAGUUAAUAUCAUAUACUCGUUGGCUAAAUAUAAAAUUUAAGAGAAUACUUGAAUUAUGCUAUAGUAAAUUAAAAUGUACUAUUUUGUAUUCAAAUAUUGAAAUAAAUUUACAAUCACUUUGACUUCGGAAGAACAUACAAUUGUAAUUUUAAUGUAAAAUUUCUUAUGUAGGUACUACUUUUUUUUAAAUUAUUAUUCCAAGGUUUAUAAGUGAACAUGGGGUAUUUUAAAAGUUGUUCAAGCCUGGAGAGUGUGUACAAUUUCAGUGUAGAAGGAAAAAAAAAAUCCAUAGUUUUAAUUAUCAUAUGCAUUAAAAUCAAAACCAAAAUAUUUAUCCACAUUUAAAACAUUUGUACUUACUGUAACAAAACAGUAUGUAAACAGAAAUAGUACUGAAAUACUUUGCUUAAUUUCUAACUUGGAGGAUAACACUGUGACACAGUUGUCCCCGUAUGAGAGAAUUAUUCCCCUACCUCAAAUGUAAGGGAUUUUCUUCCUAACAUUGGAUUUUUAAAAACAAUUAUUUUGAAGAAUUACACAAAUUUUCUCUUUUAUUAAAUAACAGUAAUGUUUAGAAUUAUUUUAUAUUACAUUUUCAUGUUGAGUAAGGAAACCUUCUCCUUUAAAAUACAUUAAGAAAUAUCUGUCUGAAGUUGAAUCUCAAACAGUAUACUGGUACCCUUUUAUCCAAUUAAUGUACGUAAAUGGCUUGAACAUAGUAAAAACCCACUUUGGGUACCCUACUAACUUUUCCUUUUACGUGCUAAAGCCACUUCAUUAUUCACUGUUAGAAAAAUAGGGAAGGUGAGACAAUAGGGAAAAAAAUGUAGAGUAAAUGAUAAAUAUCAAUGUUGAAUUCUAAAACUCUGCAAUAACCUAGAUUGUGCCCUCUUCCCUCCCCCACGCCCCCAAUUCAGAAGUUUCAACCUUGACUAAUCAUCAGAAUCAUUUGGGUUGCUUAAAAAGAAUUCCUGGGUUAUAGCUUCUAGAUAGGUUUAGGUUGAGACCCUGGAUAGAAUUUUUAAAGCUCAACAUCUAAUGAUUCUGAUCAUAACUUAGAUUUGGAAACAGCUACCCUUGCCUCUUUCCUCCUAUAUCUUCCAUUGGAAACCCUGAAAUUAACAUAAUUUUAGCUAUUAGCAUUUUUUCACCAUUUAGUUUAUUUAAUAAUUAACUUGGUCACUGGAGAAGUUCACAUAUGUCCAUAUAUAUAUUUAGCAAAAAGUUCCAUGUUAGAUUAUCAGACUUGAUAUAGUUGUAGAAUUAUUGCGUAAGGGCAUCCUUUUUGAAGAAUAGUCCCAGCAUGGGAACAGUGAUCUGCUGCCCACAUGUCAGAGUGGUAUGCCAGGCUCAGUCACCAUCUUUGGCGGUGAAAUCCUCAUCUCCCUUUGUUUACCCUUAGGCGUAUGGCAGAAAUACCAGCGUUGCCUAGUUUCCCAUCCAUACUUUGGAUGUUGUGAAAAUGGUGUUAGUAUCCAGCCUUAAAAUGUAUUAGUGUACUCGUUUUACAAUAAGAGAAGUAUUUUGAAUUUUCUGUUUAAUCCAUUUGGAAGUAAAGGAAUAUUUCAUUUCCCCCUUUAAAAUUAUACCAGGUAUUAAUGCUUUUAAAGACCAAGCUGUUUUAAAAUUUUUCCUUUAUUUCAGUUUAUCAGGAGCAUUUCCAACAAUGAUCUUUUACAUAACGGUACCUAGUGCAAAUGUGCAGGAGCCUGACAACUUAGGCAAAGCAGUUCAUUUGCAGUCCUCCCUCCCAUCCUUAAAAUGUAUAUUUAUAUCACAUAUAGAUUUUUACACUGAGUAUUGAAAAAUAAAGUAGGAUCUGCUACAGUUUCCCUUUAAAUUUUAUAAAAAGCACUGAGAUUUUAAAAAGGUUACUUAAAUACAUGUGCAUGACCUUAAAAAACUUGGCUAUUGUCAAUAAAGUGCUAGUAUUUGUGAAAUUAUUAGUCCCGUUCAGAAAUCAUAUUUCUUAUAUCUCUUGGGAAUUUGUGGCAUAAUAAAGCAUAUCCAAAGUUCUAAUGUGUUUAUGAUAUUAUUUUCAAAGCAAUAAGUUUAUUAUCUUUAAAAUGAACGUGACUCUCCUCCUUUAUUUCUGACAUGCAUUAACUUGGGAAUUACUGUAGUAAUAUCUGUUUCAUCUUUCUAGAAUUGUUACUAAUUUUAUUGCACUAUAGUUACCUUUAGAGAGGAAGAGGAAGGCUUUAGGGUGUAUAUUUCUAAGGGAAUUUAUUAAAUAUAGUAGAUUAACAUUGUAAUACUUGCUCAAGUAGUUUAUAACAGAAGGUUAAGUAUCAGGAGCAGAUAUCUGAAACAAUGUGUUUUUUAAAAUAACUUUCUAAUUGCAGUAGAAAGCAAUGUAUUCUUAAGGUAAAAAACCUACCUCAGUUACAUGUGGUUUCUGUUGUCUGGAGUAAUCUGGAUUUUUUUUUUUUUUAAUCUGGAUUUUUAUAAUUAGAAAUUAAAAUGCAAAUUUUUGAGUCCACUAAUACUUUGUGGAAAAUAAUGCAAGUCAAUGUGGUAGCACGUCCGUAUGUUCAACACCAAAAGACAAAAUAGGAAGGACCUUGGGUUUGAUGAUUAAUCUGAUGUCCUACACAGUAUUCAUAUGUAUAGUGAUAGUUAUCUUUCAUCUUUUUUGUAGUUCUUUGAUCUUGACUCAGUACCUAGUAAGUUCACGCAAUGUUGGCACUUAUUUAAUAACUAUUCAUAAUGUUGUUAAUAACCUGUUAUAAGAUUAAGACAUAUAUUUUCAUCUUAUAAUACGAAAGACCAAACACACCAGCUUUUCACUGGGGGGAAUAUAUUAAGUGAGAAGGAACUAGCAUUCAGCAAUCAGAACUUUAAAAUAACAUGUUAAAGUCAGUGGUAAAUAUUCUCUUAUUAUAUCUAAACCAUUCCUAAUAUGUAACAGUAAACUUGACUUCUUUUGCAUUGGAACUAUGCUCUCAUAAAUAAAGGACGUCCGAUUGAUUAGGAUUGUAACUUGUACGACAUAUCUGAGAACUAGUGACACUUUCUUUUGUUGUUUCAAUAAACUGAAAGCAUAGUACUAAUAAGACAAACAUUUUGCUCAUCAGGUCCAUCAACAAAGGCACUUCCCCCCAUCCUGUUAGGUUUUCUCAUUGAUGUAUAGAAGUUGGUCGUUUCAUUCUCAGUGUAGACUUGAAUCAUAGUCCAAGAAAACCUGAGCCCAUGUUGUUUUUUUAGUUUACUUAGCUAGAAUCUCACAGCAUAUUAAAGUCAUAUCCCCAUCCCACCCCCCCAAAAUAAUUAUAUGUGAGAAAAAUAUGGUUGAGGGGGUUAUGUUAAAUUUUCAUACUUAUUCUUUCAGCAAGUAUUUAUUAGUCAACUGGGUAUACAAUUCUAGAUAUUACAGAAGUUUCAAAAAAAUGGACAUGGACCAGCCCUUCUGUCUAGCAUUGUACAAUCUGUAUAGUGUGUGUCAAUGCUAUCUUAAGAGUGCUAUCUUAAGUAGCAUUAGCCAGUCUAAUCUGAAUAGUUCAUUCAAAAGUAUUCUUUUUGUAUUUAUUAUCCAGCCAUUGUAUUUUAGGUCUGGUUAAUAGGUACUGUUUAAUUUGCUGCAGCAUUUACUGAAUGGUGGAUGAAAGACCUGAUGCAUAUUGGGAAGUAUCUUACCAUGUUUCUUUAAGAUAAUUAUGUAUUAUGAAAAGAACGUUUUAAAGGCAUUUGUAGCAGUGGUGAAGUAAAAAGAAUUCAGUGUAUGUCAGAUACACCAAACUGUUAAUGGUAUUCAAAUGUAAUUUUAAGUUAGUUUUUCUAUAUGCAUUAUUGAUUACUGGUUUGUUUUUAGGUAUUUAAGUCUAAUAAACAGUUCACAUAUUGGCAGUCACUUCGGUAAUAAUAGAAUGUUAGUGAUGACCACUUGAUGGACAUUUAUUACAUGCCUGUUUUGUUUUGUUUUGUUUCCCCCUCUGGAUACCUAAUAGAUGUAUAUUACCUUUUUUUUUGGUGAACUUGUUUCUUGAAAGUUUUGACUAUGCUAUUCAGGGUUUUUAUUAUUAUGCUUUUCUGCUAAAUUUAAGUAUCAGAUGUCUGCUGUUACCAGUAAAGACCAUAUGAAAGCUAAAAUUACUGUUUUGUUGAAAAAUCAGCUAAUUCAGGUAAUCCAAAUUUGUAGAGAAACAUCUGGAUCAUUUAUUGAUCACAUUAGUAUUGUGUAGACAGCUUUCAUAAUUCCCAUUGCGUAGGUUUUCACUGGGGUAGUCAACGUGCUAUAGAUUCACUUUUAAUAUGCUUUGCAUGUAAAAUAAUAAAUACUCAAUAAAAAGUAAAUUUUUGUUUAA